CCACUCGGCCGCAGCCGCAGGAGAGGCGUCCCGAGCUCGAGGGCCCGCGCUCCGGGGCGGAGGCGGGGCGGGGCGAGCGAGGCGGGCGCGCAGCGGCUCGGGUCCCGGACGCUGGGUGGUGGGGGGGAAGGCCCUCCCCGCGUCGCACUUGGUACGCGCCAGCGGGGAGGCCAGGCCCAGCCCGGGCGGUACAAUAGGGUUGGGCCGCGGCCGGGACUGGGCCGGCGCCGGGCAGGGAGCGGGAUCGCGGUCGGAGCCGACAGACACUGGGCGGCCGGCGACUCCGAGCCUCGCAGGCCACCAGCCGAGGCAGCCCCGACCGUCUCCGGAGCGCCUCCGCCUCCGAGUCUUGCCCGCCGGGCAGGGCCGGGCGUGAUGCGCCGCGGGACCCCUGUCCUGGCCGCCGGCCGCCGCCGCCGUCGCCGCUGAGACCCCAAGACCCCCAGUGACGCCGCGGCCAUGGAGAGUGGCCCACAUGCAGAUCCGGGUGCCGGCGCACCCCCAGCUGUGGCAGCCAGGACCCCCCUAGAGCCAAGACCUUCUCCAGAAGGUGACCCCUCCCCACCGCCACCACCACCACCGAUGUCAGCCCUGGUCCCCGACACUCCCCCAGACACCCCUCCUGCCAUGAAGAAUGCCGCUAGUUCUAAGGAACUCCCACUGGAACCAGAGAGCCCCCCAGGGCCAAUUGGGCCUAGAUCAACCCCCCAGCAGGAAGAGUCUCCUUUCUCAGAAGUGAAGAUCAGGGGACCCACCCCACCAGCCACAGGCCCACGGGAUGCCAGGCCUCCUCGAAGGAGCAGCCAGCCAUCCCCGACAGCAGUGCCAGCCUCUGACAGCCCUCCCACCAAGCAAGAUGUAAAGAAAGCAGGAGAGAGACACAAGCUGGCAAAGGAGCGGCGAGAAGAACGGGCCAAGUAUCUGGCGGCCAAGAAAGCAGUGUGGCUGGAGAAGGAGGAGAAGGCCAAGGUGUUGCGGGAGAAGCAGCUCCAGGAGCGCCGGCGGCGGCUGGAAGAGCAGAGGCUUAAAGCCGAGCAACGCCGGGCAGCCCUGGAGGAGCGGCAGCGGCAGAAGCUGGAGAAGAACAAGGAGCGCUAUGAAGCAGCCAUCCAGCGGUCAGUGAAGAAGACUUGGGCUGAAAUCCGGCAGCAGCGCUGGUCCUGGGCAGGAGCCCUGCACCACAGCUCCCCAGGACGUAAGACCAAUCGCAGCCUGCAGCUGAGCGCGUGGGAGAGCAGCAUCGUGGACCGCCUGAUGACACCCACCCUCUCCUUCCUGGCACGGAGUCGCAGUGCGGUCACGCUGCCCCGCAACGGCCGGGACCAGGGUAGGGGCAGCGGCCCUGGGAGAGCCCCUACGAGGGGCGGGACAGGGGCCAGCCUCGCUCGUGGGCCGCACCCCGACCGCACUCAUCCCUCUGCAGCCGUGCCGGUGUGCCCGCGCUCGGCCUCCGCCAGCCCCCUGACGCCGCCGAGCAGCGCCCCCCGAAACGCGCACCGCUGCGUCCCCGCUGGGGAGCGCGGGGAGCGCCGCAAGCCCAGCGCUGGGGGCAGCCCGGCCCUGGUCCGCCGCCGGCCCGAGGCCUCCCCGGUGCAGAAGAAGGAGAAGAAGGACAAGGAGCGGGAAAAUGAGAAGGAAAAGAAUGCCCUGGCCAGGGAGCGCAGCCUCAAGAAGCGCCAGUCACUGCCGGCGUCUCCGCGCCCGCGCCUGUCUGCCGGCACCGCCGAGCUCAGUCCCAAGGCCAAGGCCCGGCCAUCCUCCCCCACAUCCUGGCACAGGCCUGCCUCUCCCUGCCCUAGCCCAGGGCCAGGCCACGCUCUACCCCCAAAACCACCAUCCCCUCGGGGCACCACUGCAUCACCCAAGGGGCGGGUGCGGAGGAAGGAUGAGGCAAAGGAGAGCCUCAGUGCUACAGGACCUGUGGACAAGAACCAGAGCAAGAGCAAGACCAGUGAGGAGAAGGAGCCAGCAGCCCCAGCCUCACCAGCACCCUCGCCUGUGCCCUCCCCCACCCCAGCUCAGCCCCAGAAGGAGCAGCCCACAGCCGAGAUCCCUGCAGAUACUGCUGUCCUGACCUCACCCCCAGCUCCUGCUCCAUCAACGACCCCUAGCAAACCCAUGGCUGGCACCACAGACCGAGAAGAGGCCACUCGGCUCCUGGCUGAGAAGCGGCGCCAAGCACGGGAGCAGCGGGAGCGCGAGGAACAGGAGCGGAGGCUACAAGCAGAAAGGGACAAGCGCAUGCGGGAGGAACAGCUCGCGCGGGAGGCGGAGGCUCGGGCCGAGAGGGAGGCGGAGGCCCGGAGGCGGGAGGAACAGGAGGCCCGAGAGAAGGCGCAGGCGGAGCAGGAGGAACAGGAGCGGCUGCAGAAGCAGAAAGAAGAGGCCGAAGCUCGGUCCCGGGAAGAAGCCGAGAGGCAGCGUCUGGAGCGGGAAAAGCACUUCCAGCGGGAGGAGCAGGAGCGGCAAGAGCGCAAGAAGCGUCUGGAGGAGAUAAUGAAGAGGACUCGGAAGUCAGAAGCUGCUGAAACCAAGAAGCCGGACAGGAAGGAGGCACAAGCCAACAAUUUCAGCCCAGAGCCUGUGAAAGCCGGGGAGGCUCGGCCCCCGGGGCUGCAGAAGGAGGCAGUGCAGAAAGAGGAGCUGGCCCCCCAGGAGCCUCAGUGGAGCCUGCCAAGCAAGGAGUCGCCAGGGUCCCUGGUGAAUGGCCUACAGCCUCUCCCUGCACACCAGGAGAAUGGCUUCUCCCCUAAGGGGCCCUCUGGGGACAAGAGUCUGGGCCGAACGCCAGAGGCACUCCUGCCCUUUGCAGAGGCAGAAGCCUUCCUCAAGAAAGCUGUGGUACAGCCCCCACAGGUCACAGAAGUCCUUUAGGAGGUUGCCUUGGAUCCAGGUGCAGCUGAGGGCUCCUCUGCAUCAUCUACCAGGACGUCCGCAAGAGAAAGAGACAGAACAAAGCCAGAAGUGGCCUGGGCCCCUGGGGGUGGGUCCUCUGUUAUUUUUAAUCUGCACCUUAUAGACUGAUGUCUCUUUGGCCGGAGCCAGAUCCUGUCCCUCAGUGCAUUCGUGUGCUCACACGCGCGCGCCCCCCCCCACACACACAUACACUCACAGCCUCUCUGGCCUCCUCCCUCGGGGAGGGGCCACCUGUAGUAUUUGCCUUGGUUUGGUGGGGUACAGUGGAUGUGAAUACUGUAAAUAGCUUGUGCUCAGACUCCUCUGCGUGUCGGGGGCGGGUGCAGGAGGCAGACCCUCCCAAGACUCCCUGGGGUGAUCUUCCUCUCUCUAUUUAACUGUAACUGAGGGGGAACCCAGGUCUGGGGAUGGGGGGCACCUUGGGCCACAGGAUACUGGUUGCUUUAGGGGUACCCAUGCCCCCUGCCCUCGCCUGGAAUCAGUGUUAUUGCAUCUGAUCAAACUUCUCCAGAAAUAAAGUGAGAAUAAUUCU